AGUAAAAUAGAUUAUCAUUUUAGAUUGUCAUUAUUAUAAAUAGAUAUUCUCUAUAGUUUCCUAAUAUUUUGUAUGAAUUAUAUUAAAGGGUAGGCAUAUAUCGAUCUAUCGAAGUUGAAAUAUGUAAGAUACAAAAAUGUAAGUACCUACCUAUACAUAAUAAAUUUCACCACCAAUACAAGUCCAUAAUAAUUACACCACCAUACGCUCUACAUAUUCACUGACAUUUAAAAAAAUAUAUAUUAUAAUAUCAAAUACUAAAAAAUCGAUUACCUGAUAAUAAUCACGUUCUACAUUGCCUGUUAAGAUAUUUUAGCCUUCGAAGAAAAUGCCAUGCACCCAGACAAUAUUAUGUACUUAUAUAGGUAUGCAUUUUCGUACUUCACAGUUAAAAUUGGAUAGGCGUACCGUAUUAUAUUAUUUUGUGCACAACGACAGAAUAUUUUAUCAAACUCUCACUGGUGAUGACAUGUACGCACGAAUAAAUACUCAACGUGUGAUAUGAUAUAGUUAUGGUAUACCUGGUAUAUACGUAUAUACUGGUAUGACAUGUCCAAUUUUGAAUUUAAAACAAAUAUCAAAUCAUAAUAAAUAAUGGGAAUAGAUAUUAUAUUAUAUUCGCAUAUAAUAUUUCGGUUAGUAACGAUGUGGUCCGAUGUGGCCAAGCAAUUCCGUGUUUCCCAGUAAAAUUAUAGAAAAGACGCCGUAUUGUCUUACCUCUAACUAUUAUGUUGUUAUGUGUCGUAAAGGCGCGAUUGGACGUGCGAUUACAGUAAUAGUGUGCUAAUUCUUCGUUAAUGCGCUACAAUGUUUUCGAAAAUGUCAUUUUUGCCGGUCUCUGGUAAUUAAGGUAGGCCCCUAAUGUCCCCUACUGCCAAAUCGACCGUUUGCAAACGACGAUACCCGUGAACGUCUGCUAUAUAAACCCAGGACCUCAGUCAAAAAGGCACAUCACUCCUUCAGUCGUCUCUUCGAACACACGCACCUGAACGAGUCUCCGCAGUCAGACAUCACUCGACAAACGCUCGACAAACCGUCCACACUCGACAAAACUUCAACAACAACAUGUACAAGUACACAGUCAUGAUGAUCGCAGCGGUGGUUGUUGUAUUGGCGUCCGUUCCGGCCACCUCCGCCCAAGCAGCGGCCAACAAAUUCAACCCAAUGUCAGCCGCGGCCACAUCCGUACACAGCAAGCAUGUCAAGAAUGAGAACCGUCAAAUUUUCGCUUCCGAGGCCUAUAACGAACAGUCGAACAAUGUCGGCAGCCAACUGUUGUCCGGACUACUUGAGGCGAUUAGUAUCCCGAAGAAGAUCGCCAGCGCCUUGAUCAGCAAAGUGUCCGAUCUCCUUAAGUCGGUGGAUCUGAGAAAACUCAUCAAGAUCGCUUUGAUUGGUGGUGCUGUGAUCGUGUUGGGAGCUGUGGCCGCAGCCGGCGUUGCUGGUAUCGCCGCCGUGGUGGCGUUGGUGAGCGCCGCGCUCCCGUACUUCCGGUUCUUCUUCGGCGGACACAAGGGCGAGGCAUCCGAAUCAGAGAUUGACGUCAUCAGCGAAUUCGUUUUGAACGCAUUCAACAAGUACGACAGCCAGCACAAGGCGUAAUGAUGCAACUCGUCGCAUUAAUAUUAUAUGUAAUUAACCGUCCGGUUUUAUUUAUUGUACAUUUAACGAAGCGCUGAUAA